GGAUGAACCAAGUAAAAGCUGAAAUGAAUCUUGAGGAAGAAGCUGAUGGUGAGGAACUAAGACGACCUACUGAACCAUUGUCUGCUGAACUUGAAAAGAAGGUUAUUGAAGCUUUUCAGGUUUUUGAUCAUGAAAAUAACAGAACUGUUGAUGAAAGAGAGAUUGGGACAAUCAUCAGAUCUUUGGGACAUUGCCCAUCUGAGUCACAGUUACAGGGUGUUCUGGCUGAAAUGGAAGAUCCGGAACAAAUGGGAUACAUCACUUUUACCAGGAAAUAAAGGAUAUAUUGAGAAGGAGCUAAUGACUCAACUACUAGCAGAGGAGGGGGAACCGUUCACACCGGAUGAGGUCCAGGAGUUUUGUAAUGCUGGAAUUGAUCCUAAAACAAAACAUGUCAACUACAGGGAAUUUGUUCACUUUUUAUCAGUAGACGAUAUUUUUUAGAUGUUUUACUUUCCCAAAGACCUUUUGCCAAACAGCAACUUCCCAAUGUGUAUUUUCCCAAAUGGCAACUUUCCAAAUAGGCAAUUUCCCAAGUGGCAACUUCCCAAUUUUGUACUAGCCUCAGAGCUCGGCCCCCUAUACUGUUAUAGCCGUAGCGCUCGGCCUCCUUAACCCAUUCUAGCAGCAGCGCUCGGCCCCAUGGCAGCUUGGGUGCCUCAGAAGGCCUAACCUAAACUUUUGGAUUUGCCACUCGGGAAAUUGAAUAUUUUGGAUGUUGCCACAUAAGAAAUUGUCACUUGGGAAAUCGCCAUUGGUGAAAUCUCAUUGGGAAAACCCCUAAAACCAAUCUGUAAUGCAAUUUGUCGUUUUAAACCCAUUAACAUUAAUGGAACCAAAUACUCGCCCCGAGUUCUAAUUUUCUUAUCCCUUUUUCUGUGUAACCUGAUGGUGUAAACACUAAA